AUGGCGCAGAAGUGUGUCCACCAAGGUUGCGGCAAGACGUACACGGACCCAGACGAGACCUGCAAGUACCAUCCGGGCCCGCCCAUCUUCCACGAGGGUCAAAAGGGAUGGAAGUGCUGCAAGCCUCGCGUGCUCACCUUCGAGGAGUUUAUGGAGAUCCCCCCCUGCACAGAGGGCAAGCACUCCACCACCGACCUGCCGCCCAAGAUCGAGAAGAAGGAAGCGCCCCUGGAGAUCGUUGAGCCGGUGCCCGAGCAGCCAGCCCUGCCACGGACUCCGAUCAACGUGCCCACAGCGCAGCACGCGCCAACCCCGCCGCCACCGCCCCCAGAGUCCGAGGACGACGACCCGAGCCUAGAGAUCCCCGACGGCAAGGCCUGCCGCCGCAGGACGUGCGGCGCCACCUACAAGAAGGGCGCCUCCAGGGACGGCGAGAAGUGCGUCUACCACCCUGGCGUGCCCAUCUUUCACGAGGGCAGCAAGGGCUACACGUGCUGCAAGCGGAGGGUGCUCGAGUUUGACCAAUUUAUGAAGAUCGAGGGCUGCGAGACCAAGGACAGGCAUUUGUUCAUCGGCAGCGGCAAGAAGGAUGCCAAGGGCGGCAAAGCUGCCUCCGAGGAGCUCCUUGAUACUGUUCGGACGGACUUUUAUCAGUCGGCAAGCACAGUCACGGCGUCCUUCUUCCUCAAGAAAAUUGACAAGGAGAAGGCCAAGGUGGUCUUCGGCCCCCAGACGAUAACGCUCGACCUGCCGACAACGGAGACCCCUCCCAAGAGGUACAAGACCGAGGUGCCGCUCUUCGCAGCCAUCGUCCCGGAGAAGUCGGCGUUCAAGGUCUUGGGCACCAAACUCGAGGUCACCCUGGCCAAGGCCGAUGUGAGCGGCUGGCCGGUUCUGCGGAGCGAUGAUAGACUUACGGGAGAAAUCUUGCAGGUGGGUCGGGCUGGCAAGGUCGAGAAGUGA